AUGUCCAUCUCUGGAAUUGUGAAAUGGUACUUCUCCAGCAUGCAGCGUGCUAUGAGCCCACGGAUGCCGAUAAAGGAUCCAGGUGACUACCCGGCUCUGGCCGCCGCCUCCACCCCGCCUCUCCAGAGACUCAACAGAGACGGUUUCUAUGGCGACAGAUUGCCGGGCAAAGGCAGGAAGAAAAGAUCUUCAGACGACAACUCAGACAGCAGCAGUAGUAAUGAUGUGGUUACGUUCGGGGACGUCACUGUUCCUCUUGAUUUUUUCAAACCUCCUGAGCGGUCUGAGAGCUCUGCGCUUCCCACAUACUUCCCACCACGCCCACCUGUGUACAGCACAUAUUUCAAUCGCCCCUUCGCCCCUUCCCUUCCCCGCAGAAGUCUUUAUUCGUCCCCUGCCUCCCCGUUACCUUCCUGGCAGAGAUCUUCGUUUGGAAGACCAACACCGAGGUUCUCGUACGCUUCUCCUCGUUUCGGCAGCAGCCCGCCAUUACGCACUUCCGGCGGAUAUUACCACGGCCGGAAGAAGAGAGCAGCGGAGGGCGGCGGCAAUAAUGACGUCAUUACAGUCGGAGACGUCAGCAUUCCCGUUGAUUUCUUCAAGCCACCGGAGAAAUCAGACGACAGGAAAAGAUUCCCGCCCCGCCAGCCAGCACAAAGCCCCGCCCAGUAUUACCCUAGCUCCUCCCGAGUGAAAAAGAACCCCGCCCAGCUCAAGCAAAGACUCGCUGAGCUCUCUCAAAUGUAUGCCCCGACACAGCAUAGAUCCGCCCCCUCCCCGCCCCAGCAGUACUAUAACCAAGAACAGAACCUUGUACAGCAACCGUAUUACCCGGCCCCUUACACCCCUCAGACCAAUCAACUGCCAGCUGCUACCAAACCUCUGCCACAGACACCCCCAGCAGGACGCCCUCCUCCCCCUCAGCAAAACUUCGCCCCUCCCACUCAACAAAACUACGCUCCCUCCCAGAAUUCUGUUUUCCUCCCACCUCCACCCCCACCGCCACAAAACCCACCUCCAUCACAAAACCAAGCCCCGCCCUACACAACACAUCAGGCCCCUCCCCCUGCUGGCCCAGCUUCGGCCCCGCUAAAUAUGGCUCCUCCCAUGUCAAAUUACGGUCCUCCUCCACCACACGGUAGCCUACUACCAGCUAACCUCGACCCCUUUAUCCGGCCACCCAUCCAACCGACCAUCCACCCGGCCACCCACCCAGCCCCACUCGGCCGUAAGAAACGAGCAUCAGGAGACGACAAUUCUGACAGCAGUAGUAGCAACAAUGACGUCAUCACUUUUGGCGAUUUUUCCGUCCCUGUAGAUUUCUUCAAGCCAUCUGAGAAUGCCCCGCCCGCUAGGGCCCCGCCCCCUCCUGUCUACAUCCAGUACGUCCCUUACCCUUCCCUGAGACAAACCCCGCCCCGUCCUGCCUAUUUCCCUCAGAGGUUCCCACCAGCAGCAAAUCCCUACGGCUACUUCCCACCCCAGCCCCGCUAUCCUCCUCCUAGAUCACCUUACACGCCGUACGCUCCGCCCCCAGCCUUCGUCCCGCCCUAUGCAGCACAAGCACAUCGCCGCUACAAACGCUCCGACAACAAAGACAAGGGUGACAACUCCGCUAGCAGCUUCUUCCCCACCAGUUUCUUUUCUCCCCUUUUCUCCCCCUUCCAAACGUCCCCCCUUUUCACACCUCCAAGGGUAGCAUCUCCCUUCUUCGGCCCGUCCCCUUUCUUCAGACCACCACGAGUAGCUUCCCCUUACUUCCCACCAAACCCGUUCCCCUCAACUCCGAACAAAAUCGCCUACAGAAACCCCAGAGGUCAAGGGGUCAUUUACGGUGACCGCAUGCCCUGGGCACAGAGUCCAGCAGCCGGCGGACAACCUCGCCGACGUGUGAAACGAUCAGACAACAACGACAACCCGGAGAGCAACACUUCCCCCAACUUCUUCUCCUCUCCUUUCUUCUCUCCCUUCUUCCCCUCAUACCGACCUUCUCCGUAUUUCUCUCCUUCCUUUUUCUCUUCUCCGAUGACCAACAAAAUCGCCUACAAAAACACAGGGGGCCAAGGACUCAUAUACGGAGACCGCAUGCCCUGGGCGCAAAAGCCAGGGCCACAACCACUAAUGCAAACAUCCCCUGUUCUGAAUCAGAGCCCACCUAUGCGUCAGUCAGCGAAUUCAGCGCAGACCUUGACCUCUGGAGUCACCAGCCCAGGGUCACAACCGUUGACCUCACCAGCAGCCCAUCAACCACACAGGCGUUUCAAACGGUCCGACAACAAGGAUAACAAAGACAGCAGCUACACCUUUCCCUCCUUCUUCCCCUCUCCUUUCUUCUCUCCAUUUACUCCUCCUUCUCCUCCUUUGAACCCUUCCCGAUUUUUCUUCCGACAAUAUCCCCCACCAUCUAACAAGAUCGGUUAUCGCGGUGGUAGGGGUCAAGGUGUCAUCUAUGGGGACAGAUUACCUUGGGCACCAAGGUCGCCACCUUUGACAUCAGGGAGAGGACCGUUAUACGCCCUAAGGAGGACGGGCUGA